AUGGUGAUGGCGUCUUUAUCAACAAUUGCUGAUGAUUCGUCAUCAAAUCAUAUUCAAACAUCGCCAAUUGGUAAACGUCCACAAAAUAGUAGUGUAUUAGUUGUCGGAGCCGGUGGCAUUGGCUGUGAAUUAUUAAAAUCACUAGCUUUAUGUCAUUUUAAUACAAUCGGUGUUAUUGAUUUGGAUACUAUUGAGGUAUCAAAUUUAAAUCGUCAAUUUUUAUUUCAUAAAGAACACGUUGGUCAAUCGAAAGCACAAGUGGCAUGUGAAACUAUCAAAAAACUAUGUCCACAUAUUCAAAUAGAACCGUAUCAUGGCGAUGUUAUCACGGAUGCUAGAUUUGAUUUAAAUUUUUAUAAAAAAUACGAUCUUAUCAUAAAUGCAUUAGACAAUGUUCAAGCGAGACAACAUGUGAACCGUAUGUGUUUACAGUCUUCAAAGCCAUUGAUUGACAGUGGAUCAACUGGUUACAAUGGUCAAGCAACAAUUAUAUUGAAAGGCCGUAGUCAGUGUUAUGAUUGUGUUGAAAAACCAAAACAACAACGAACUUAUGCCGUAUGCACAAUUCGAAAUACUCCAUCUCAACCUAUUCAUUGCAUCGUAUGGGCAAAAUAUUUAUAUCAACAACUAUUUGGCGAUAAUGAUGAUCCAAAUCAAGAAGAUGUAACACCUGACCAAGAUGACCCAGAAAAUCUUAUCGAAAAACCAACAACCAACGGAAAUGGUGAUCAACAUUCGGAACAUUUUGAAUCAAAUCAAUUACAACCAUCACAUCGUUUAUCUACUCGUGAUUGGAUUCGUACAAAUGAUUUUGAUGCACAAAAAAUAUUUAAUAAAUUAUACAAUGAUGAUAUUAAAUAUUUGGCAUCGAUGAAAAAUUUAUGGGAAAAACGUCGUCAACCAAUACCAUUGAAUUAUGAUCAAGCAAUACAAUUAAAUGAAGAUGAUUACGAUAAACAAGCAACAACAACAAUAACAACAAUGUCAAAUACGUCAACGAUACCAAAACUGAAUGAUCAAAAAAUUUGCGCAAUUAGUGAUUAUGUCCAAAUGUUUUGUCAUAGUAUUCAAGAACUAAGAAAACGUUUUAUUCUACAACAACAGUUAGCGUCAUCGGAUUCAACUGGUUCCGAGCCGAAAUAUUUAAUUUGGGACAAAAAUGAUGAUGCCGAUCUUCGUUUUGUUACAUCAGCUUCUAAUCUUCGUGCAUAUAUUUUUGGUAUCGUACUCACAUCUAAAUUCGAUGUUAAAUCAAUGGCCGGUAAUAUUAUACCGGCUGUAGCAACAACAAAUGCGAUUGUUGCUGGUAUCACCGUUUUGCAAGCAACAAAAAUUUUAGCUACAUUAACCACAGAUCAUCAUUUAACAUCAAUUCAACAUUUAUCAAAUGUUUUUGUUUCAACUGAUCGUUCAUCGGGUGCAAUUAUUCAACGAAUACCAUUAGAAGAACCAAAUGAACAAUGUUUACAAUGUAAUGAGCAAGAACGACCAGUGCGUGUACGUUUAAAUAUGUCAUUGUUUACACUACGAUCUUUAGAAGAAAAAUUAAUUAGAAAACAUUUAAAAAUGUCCAGACCAGAUGUGUUUAUAUCUGAUGGACGAAUAUUAAUAUCAGCGGAUGAUGAUAAUGAUGACAAUGAGGAUGAUAAGAAUGAAGUCAAAUCAAAAACAUUAGACAAAUUCAAAUUAUUAAAUGGAACAAUAUUAACAUGUGAAGAAGAAGAUGAAAAUGAGAUAAAAUUUAAAAUAAAAUUAAUGUUAGAACAUUCUGAUGCAAUAACGGAUAAAGACGAUUAUGUAGUUGUUGAUGAUCAAGUAAUCAGAGAAAUUGAACAAAUUCAUCAGCAACAACAACAACAACAGCCCACUAAAAAACGAAAAUUAUCUGAACAGAAUGACGAUGAUGUGCUUCCAUUAGAAGACCAAGGAGAAAUAAUUAAAAAAACAAAACGUUUAUCAGAAUCGAACAAACAUAACGGAACAACAACAGAUGAAACAGAUUAUCGUCCACCAACAACAGAAUUUGUUAUCAUUGUCGAUGAUGAAGAUAAGAGUAGUGAGGAAACAAAAACAACAAAUGGUGAAUUAUAUUUAAAACAUAAGGAUGGAAAUGAAAAUGAAAAUGAAAAAAAUUAUGAAAUUAUGAAUAAAAAAAUGAUGAAAAUGAAACAUUAUAAAAGUGAAAAUGGUAUGGGUGAUAGUAGUAGUUCAUAUGUCGUAUUAGACGAUGAUUCUGUGAUAACAACGGAAAACAAUACUGAUGAUGAUAAUGAUGUUGAUGAUGUUGAUGAAGAUGAUGAUGAUGACGAUGAUGAUGAUGGUGAUGAAUAUUGUAUCGAUAUAUCGGAUGAUUAA